AUGUCUCGCAAUUUAUAUCACAAGGGUUUGUACACAACUCCAUUUAGAACUAUUAUUUUCCAGAUUAAGACGGAAAAGGAAUCAUUAUACAAUAUUCUUGAAAUAAAGCCAUCUGCAUCACAGGAGGAAGUCAAGAAAGCUUUUUAUGCACUUGCUAAGAAGUAUCACCCUGAUUUUAAUCCAGAUGAGAAUGCCGGAGACUCUUUUAAACGGGUCCAGAAAGCAUAUGAGGUGUUAUCCAACCCACUUACCCGACAAACUUAUGAUAUUGAGCAUAGAUUUAAUGAAGAUCUCUCUAAUGAUAUCAAGGAUAAGGUAUACUCUCAGAAAUUAGGAAGGAAGAACUACUAUGUCUCCAGAGAUAUCAAAGAUUUCUACUAUAAUCAAUGGACUGACUAUAAAAAGCCUGAUUGGUACCAUCCCUACAAUGGCUAUGAUGUCAGAAGCCAAUAUCUUUACAGGAAGAAACAAGAUGAGAGAAUGUGGAGCCUUCCUCCUUAUUUAGAUAUUUUCCUUGAAAAAGCUGAAGAGAAUAGAAUUUUCAUCUACCUUCUUCUGUUCUUUUUAAGUGACAUGAUUAGAAUUUAUCUGAACUAUCAUAAAGUAAAAAGACAGCAACUAGAGCUGGAGUUACUUGAACAAAGUUUUUCACUAGAUGUCUUGACAGAUGAUGAUUCAGAAGUUAUAGACUUCAGUGAUGAUGGCAAUGAUCAAAAUCUCUCUAUGAGACUUGCUCUCAAUGAUUACAUAAAUCAACGGAUAGCAGCUAACUCAAAGGAGCCCAGUACAGCUCAAGAGGAGGGUAAACAGCGGACUCAAUCUGAUUAA